AUGCUCGUCAACGCCGCCCCACGAGCGUCCGCCACCAACUUCCGCUCGCCUGCCGCCAUCACAGCGGCCUCUGUGAACCGCCAGGCUCGCUCGCAGAGCCCGGAGGCGAAGUCUGCAUCGCUGCAGAAGGCCGCGCUGCAGCGCCGUCAGCGCAUCCCGGGAACGAAUGGCAACGGCAGUGCCGGCGGCACGCGUGUUCGUGGGCACGUCGGUACUGAAGAGGACCUCCUCCUGGCCUUCACCCGCAACGCCGACCCGAUCUCCCUGCGCGUCUUGGAGCUGGUCCAGCAGGCUGACGCCGUGCCGCCGGACAGCCCGAGCGAGAAGCUGCGGCUGCUUCAGGAGUGCUACCCCCUCCUGGAACGCGUGCCCAACGACCGCUUCGAUCAGCUGGCCGUCACGGUGUACCAGAAGGAGGGUGAUGUCUACUACCAGCAGGAGGACAUAGACAACGCCAAGAAUACCUACAGCCGCGCUAUCACGCUAGCAGAGAAGCGCGUUGCACGGCAGGACGCAGACAUGUAUAUGGUGCUGAAGCGCUACGUCUUGGCUAUGGUGGGGAUGGCGCGCAUCUGGUACGACCACGAGCGCGACCACCAAGGCUUCACCUUCGUUGACCACAAGCACCCCAAGGUGCAGGCCGUCGACGGCAGCGAUACCGCUCACGACGCGAACUCGUCCAUGAGCUCGCUCGAGAGCAGUAUGACGUCUGGCGGAGGCAGCAUCUUCAGCCUAAACGACGCCAUCUUGAAAUCCAUGGCGCCACGCCCGCCGCGGCGGCAGACUGGCCCGCUCUUCCAGCGCGUAAAGAUGCGAGCGCCGCAUGUGACGCAGAGCUCGCAGCGGAACCGCGAGGACGAGUUUGUGCUGCACAGCCGCAUGACACGCGAGCUGGUCGCCUCGCCGUGCGAGCUGCUGCUGCUGCGGUGCUGCGAGGUGGUCCAGAUUGGCCACAACUCGCAAUCGGAGCUGCUCAUCCCAGCCCAGAUAGAGCUGGCCCAGAUGUACGAGGAUCUCGCGCUCUACAGCCGCGCGCUGCUGCUCGUGCGGCGCUGCGUGGGCAUCCUGUGCAGCGCGUACGACUACGACCACCCGUGGGUGGUUCAUCUGAUGCACCGCGCCGACAGGCUAGAGGGGCAGCUGGAGGAGCAGAUGCGCCACAACAUGGCCACCAAGAUCCAGGCCACGUGGAAGAUGCACCGAGCGAUGCAGCACCUGGAGGACAUGCUGGGGCAUCCAGUCCGGCGGCACCAGCGCAUUCCGCGCAAGUACCGCGCGAUGCCGGACCUCGACUUCCUCCGCGAGUACGUCGGCGACAUGCCCGCAGAUGAGCUGCUUGGCGACGACGCCGAUGACGGAGUGUACGGUGGCCCCGGAGGCGACGAUGGACACUAUGGGCACCAGACCGCCGAGGGCAGCGUCGCCGAGCCGGAGCAGUGGACGGUGGUGCCGCCAUCGGUGCCUGCACAGGAGCGUGGCCCGCAUAGCGCCGACCCGCGCCACCCUGCUGGCGCGCCGGGUGCACGCCAGGAACGCAAACCACCCUACAACGCUACCGCGCUCGUCCGCUACGCCCCGAACGAGCACGCGGAGCGCGGUGACACGUUCACGACGAUGGUGCCUAACGCAACUGUCGUGGGCACUACCCAAGACACCCAGACAGACACGGGCGUGCAUCACACCGAGUACGGGGAUGUGCUGACGGUGCGUACGACAACGGUCACCAAGACCAUCACAGAGGACCUCGUCGACAGCGCAGAGGACGACACAGACGAGGAGCCCUUCGAAGAUGAAGGGCAACCGGCUGCUCCACUGCAUGUUGGCGCGCCAACACCGCAGCAACGGCAGCAGCAACCACGCCACGCCACCCACCCUACACACCCUCCACAACCAGCACCGGCGCCGUACCCGUCCGAUGACGACGCGGACGAGUACGAUGAGGAGCGAGAGUGCUCGUGGGCAGAGCGCACACCUACGGAGCCACAGCAGCAGCAGCCUCAGCUGCAAACGCGGCCACCGCCGAUGCGGCGAGAGCAGCCGACACAGGUCCAGCCGUACGGUCACCCGGUGACGACUCAGACGCGCCGCACACCUCCACACGCCAAUAAACAGACGGAGGCCGCGUGGCCGCUGAGGCACGAGGAAGAGGAAGAGCCACCGCAGACUUCUCGGCAGCCCGCGACGGCAUCGCCACACUCGCAGCGGCACGAAACGGCGACGCAGUGCAAUCCCGGCAGAGGUGCCCAUCGCGCGCCUGCUCAUCAGCCACCACCGUCGGCGUCGGUUCGGCAGCGGCAGCCUCCGGUGCCGUCUCCGCUCCCGCCGAGCUGGCAUCGUUGCGCCUCGGUGUCCAGGCCCGCAGGAGGCUCAGAGGCCGACAGCGCCCUCUACCCCAGCGACAACACCCCCUUGAUCGGCGUGUGUGCCGCCGAGUCCCCUGAGAACCCACUGCCGGAGCGGCCGCCGCCGAAGGCAGAGAGGCCGCGGGUGCACCUGCACAACUCCCGCGAGUCCGAAAACGCCUUCGACGAUAGACCGAGUCGUUCGGCUCAGCGUGGUGCUCCGCUGCAGCAGCCGGCACCACCAGCGCACCGUAGCGGUGCCGCAUUGGAGGCGCCGCUAGAUAACUACGAGGACGGCAACGCGCCGUACCAGGAGGAGGCGCGAAGCGAGGUCAUCGCUGGCAGCGAUGCUCAGCCGUCCUCGUCGGCGCCGUCGCGGCCAUAUAUGCCCGAUGUGCGCCACAACUCGCGUCGGGAGCUGUUCCGCGACUUGGUAGAGCCGAACACAGCAUGCCAGACGGAGUCGAACGGGUGUCCGGCCUUCCUGCCCCCACUCGGCUACCGCCGCAGCAGUGGGCGAAGCAGCCAGAGCUCCUCAAUGCCGCGGACGAGCUCUGAGAGCGGGCAACUCGUGCCGCAUGCACUCAGCCACAACGGCAGCCACCCACCGAAGCAGCAGAAGGCGCCGAUACAGCUGUACGACCAGCGACAUCAGCGCGGCUCCGACGGCCAGGGCCAGCAGUCUUGCAUGCCGAUGUAUCUCACGACACCGGCCAACGCGUAUCCUCUAGCGCUCCCGCAGGCGGCGCAGCAGCCGCGGACGGUGAAGACGACGCGUGACUACAAGAUCAUCAAGACGCGGCGUGUGCGCACCUAUACGCGGGUGCCGGUCAGCAACAUCACGGACAGCGAGAACACGAGCAGCCGCAGUGUCAGUGUGAGCAUUGGUGAAAGCAUGAGCAGCGCGCGCUGGGAGGCGGACUCCGCCUCGGUCAGCGGUAGCACCCACGUCGAGUACGUGGAGGAGAAGGACGAGCAGGUGGACGCAGCGAGCGUCAACUCCAAGCCCAGCAACGCCUCCGCUUCGCGCCAGCAGCGGCGGCAGCCCUCAGUGAAGACACCGGCAGGCAACGUGAGAGUGCCUCAUCGUCCGCACAAGCCACGGAUGCCCACUCCUCCCACGAAGACGACGGGGAACGGCAACGGCAACGGCAGCAUCGGUGCAGCGGCCCGCCGACCAUCAAUGCCGCCAACUAAAGCAGAGACGGCACCAGUGGUCUCUGAGAAGGACUCGGAGGACAGAGAUAGUGAUGUGACGCCCAACUACAGCAGUAGUGCGACCACGGUCACGCGACAUGUCAAGUCGGGCCACCACGGCACAACGACGCGCACGACGCGUCGCUUCAGCACCUCCACCAACCUGUGA